UAAUAGUUGAGAAAAAAAUUAAUUUAAUUUUGAAAUUGCGCGCUUCGUUGCUGACAUUACCAAUUUGUGCGCAUGUGCAAUAGUUCUGUCAACUUUUGUGAUUGCUAUUUCGUAGCUUAUUCCGUACAACAAUUAAGAAAUAAAACAAUAUCAUUUUCUGAUUAUAGUUUUUAAAAAAUCCUUUCUAACUAAGAUGAGUCGCAAAGAAGCAUUGACGCAGUUUAUUCAACAAAUUCAUGGUCGCCCAGUUGUGGUCAAACUUAACAGUGGCGUGGAUUACAGAGGCGUUUUGGCCUGUCUCGAUGGCUACAUGAACAUUGCUCUUGAGCAAACAGAAGAGUACGUCAAUGGCCAAUUGAAAGACAAAUACGGAGAUGCUUUCAUUCGAGGAAACAAUGUUUUGUACAUCAGUACGCAGAAACGUAGAACAUAAUUUUCCUCAAAUCCUUUCCUAUUUUCUUAAUUAAAAUUGUGAUGUAAGGAGCAUAAUUUCUUUUCAAAUACAAGGAAUUAUU